AUGGGUCACCAGCGUGUGUUUGGUGAUUUAGUGUCAGUGACGGAGGGAGAUUCUGUUACUUUCCACACUGAUCUUACUGAAAUAUAUGAAUACGACGACAUACUGUGGACAUUUGCAGCUGAAAAGUCUCUCAUAGCUAAAAUGAAGAAAAAGAAGCAAAUCUUCACAUAUAAUGAGACUGAUGAGAGAUUCAGAGACAGACUGAAGCUGGACGAUCAAACUGGAUCUCUGACCAUCACAAACAUCACAACUGAACACACUGGACUCUAUGAACUAGUGAUAAGUGGAGCGAAAAAAUCAUCAAAAACAUUCAAUGUUUCUGUCUAUGCUCGUCUGUCUGUUCCUGUCAUCAGCAGUAACUCUUCCCAGUGCUCUUCAUCUUCAUCAUCCUCCUCAUCCUCACAGCAGAAUUGUUCAUUGGUGUGUUCAGUGGUGAAUGUGGGUCAUGUGACUCUCUCCUGGUACAAAGGAAACAGUUUAUUGUCCAGCAUCAGUGUGUCUGAUCUCAGCAUCAGUCUCUCUCUACCUCUGGAGGUGGAAUAUCAGGAUAAAAACAGCUACAGCUGUGUGCUCAACAAUCCCAUCAGCAACCAGACUCAACAUCUGGACAUCACUCAGCUCUGUCACACAUGUUCAGUCUCCGUCUCUCUGAUAGAGUUGAACUCUGCUCCUGUUGCUGGAUCUCUGUUGAUUGUCGCUGGAUUUGCGAUCUUCUGCAUCUGCUGGAAAUGUAGAAAGACUGAUGAAGAAGGUCAGACUUAUGAAGAUGAGAUCACUUUUACUGUCAUGAUUCAUGAUCCAAUGUUCUACGAAAGAAAAGCGCAUGCAUCAGAUGUUGAAGAGGAGAAUCAAGUAGUAGAGUAUGUGUCUGUCAGCAUCAGAAGAUGA